UCAUCGUCGCUGCAACCCGAGUAGCAGCUUUACUUGGCUCCAAGAAGCUAGAGAUAUUCAGAUUGUGAGAGAAAUUACUGAGCAAGAGCCGAUCGAGGCGAUGGCGAACCUGUUCCUGAAGCAGGCGAAGCAGUACGUGGCGACGCGACCGACCUACCCGCCGGAGCUCUUCGACUUCAUCGCCUCCAAGACGCCCCGCCGCGACCUCGCCUGGGACGUCGGCACCGGCAACGGCCAGGCCGCAGCAUCGCUGGCGAAGCUGUACAAGGCCGUGGUGGGCACGGACACGAGCGCGCAGCAGCUCGCCUACGCGGCGGCGCUCCCCAACGUGCGCUACGUGCACACCCCGGCGGACCUGCCGCUCGCCGGGAUCCACGCCGCCGUCGCGGCGCCGGCCUCCGUCGACCUCAUCUCCGUGGCGCAGGCCUUCCACUGGCUCGACCUCCCGCGCUUCUACGCGCAGGCCCGCUCCGUGCUGCGCCCCGGCCAAGGGGUGCUCGCCGCCUGGUGCUACACCGAGCCGCGCGUCGCCGGCGCCGCCGCCGUCGACGCCGCGUUCUGGCGCCUCUACCGCCGCUCGGCGCCGCACUGGGCGCCCAACCGCCGGAUGGUCAACGACGAGUACCGCGGCGCCGACUUCCCCUUCCACCCCGUCGACGGCGAGGCGCACACGGGGCCCUUCGAGUUCGCCACGGAGCGCCGGAUGGACCUGGACGACUACCUCACGUACAUCACGUCGUGGUCGGCGUACCAGACGGCCAAGGACAGCGGCGUCGAGCUGCUCGACGAGGCGACGGUGCGCGAGUUCGAGGCCGCGUGGGGCGGAGAUCGGAAGGAGGUGAAGACGGUGACGUACCCAAUCUUCCUCAGGAUCGGCAAGGUGAGGGCCGAAGAAUGAGAUACAACAAACAAGUUGACGAUGAUGGGUACAAUAAAAUCGGACGAGGCGACUGCUAGGAAUUUUUUGUGUACUGAUAACCUUUCUAUAGAAAGAGAAAGGUUUCUUUUUUAUUGACUGUUGUAUAAAUUUUUGGUUCAGAAUGUAUUUGAAAUUGUAAUGCAGUUUUUUGUAGUUCACUUUUUUAUUGGGUGAAUUAAAGAUUGUUAUUGUCAGAGUGUAA